AUGGCCGAAAAUGGACAUGAUUCACCAAUCAAAAUAUUUGAGCGCGCGACUGGCAUACUCUGGACUCUGGAGUUUGGAUCAGCCCGCUCCCAACCGGGUACAGUUUGGUGGCAUUUACUACUGCUAGGUACCAUCUGCAGAUCCACCCCCAGGGCCACUCCGUACCUGGCCAAGCUGGCCUUCCCCUGUUGCGCGGUGUUGUCUUGCCCGUUGUCGAACAACCAGGGGACGAGGCUUUACAGGACACCAAAUUCGCUGCAGCACUAA